AUGAAUCGCUUCUUGGGGAAACUGAGCCGCCGAGACAGCUCACCAGCGACAAGCAGAGAUGUGACCCCCGAACAUGCCGACGACUCACCAGCCGCUGAUCUCCUUCGGGAAAUGAAAACCUUUUGCGAAUCUAGCAGCAGCCCCGAGAACUCAGCAGGCAAUGAAUUCGUUCAUCUCCCUCGAAUCGUCGAAAUCGCUGAAUCAAGCCCCGCCGCUGCUCAAGAAGCCGCCUACCGCAUUCGCAAAUACCUCUCUACCCCCCAAACAACUCCAAACCACAUUCAAUACAAUGCGAUCAUGGUCAUGCGCAUCCUAGUCGAUAACCCCGGGCACACAUUUACCCGAAACUUCGAUACCAAAUUCGUCUCCGUCAUGAAAGACCUCCUCCGCACUGGUCGCGACUGGCACGUUCAGCACUAUCUGCGCCAAUACCUAAACACUCUCGAAGGAAUUAAGCGCGAAGAUCCAGAUCUCCAACCUCUACUGCAAAUGUGGGCGAAAGAGAAAACCAAGGGCGACAGGUCCUUUAUGGAUCGCUUCCCCCAUUUGAGCGCAACUAGUAGCACUGCACCAAAUGCUGCUGGGGCUGCGGGAUAUCAGUCAUCUCGUUAUAUGCCGCCUCCGCCUGCGCCGACUGCUUCUCUUCCUACUCCGGGUGAGCUUGCAGCAAGAGUAGAGGAGGCGAGGAACUCUGCGAAAUUGCUUACACAAUUUGUGCAAACUACGCCUGCGGCGGAGAUGGAUGGAAAUGAACUAAUUAAGGAGUUUAUUGAUCGCUGUCGUUCUUCUUCGAGGCUUAUACAGUCGUAUAUUCAUUCUACGAAUCCCACACCAGACGAGGAGACGCUUCUUACUUUGAUCGAGUGUAAUGAUGAGAUCUCUGUUGCGCUCUCGCAGCAGCAACGGGCUAUGCUUAAGGCUCGCAAGGCCCGGGGCUCAGUGAGUCCUGCUGCGAACUCCAAUGGGAAUGGGAACGGGAACAGCAAUGGCUCCACGAGGGGUUCGCCUCCAACUCUCGGUGAGAAUGCUGCGUCUGGGAACACUGCCAUGACUGGUGGUCGCAUUACGAAUGUCAGGGAUGAUACCCAAGCCGAGUACGAGUAUAAUGCGGCGGAUUUUGAGGUGCAGAAUCCAUUUGCUGAUGAUUAUGCUACGCACGAGGCUGGCGGAGCGCAUAAUGCACAGAAUAGCGAGCAGGGUGGGCGUGUGCAGCCUCAUUCUGCGGAGCAUGCGUAA